UAAGGCAACCAGCGGCGAUGAUGAGGAGAUGAUGACGACGAGCCAAGUUACUGAUGGAGACGGCGGCGACGACGGCUCGGCGACUGGGUUUCCGAGUCGAGAAAUUGCCCAAAAUAUUGCUUGCGAGCGGAUGGAUAUAAAAACGAAAGCGUCCGACAAGCAGGCAAUCAGUUUAGAACCAAACUUGAACGCGGCAGCACCUCCAAAAUGUAUCUGCUUGUAAAUUCCAUCGUCGUCAUGGUUCUGGGCGUGCUGCAAGUGCAGGCGGCCGCCUACGUUCCGGAUUCAGAUCGGGACACACGGACUCUCCAGAACGAGCUGCAGGUGGACAGGGAUGGCAAUUACCGGUACGCCUACGAGACCUCCAACGGCAUUUCCGCCUCACAGGCCGGCUUGGGCGGUGUUUCUGUCCAGGGUGGAUCUAGCUAUACAUCUCCAGAGGGCGAGGUGAUCAGUGUGAACUACGUGGCCGAUGAGUUCGGUUACCACCCGGUGGGCCAGCACAUUCCCCAAGUGCCGGACUACAUCCUGCGUGCCCUGGAGUACAUCAGAACGCAUCCCUACCAGGUAAAGGACUAUUAUACUGGCGAGCUCAAGACGGUGGAGCACGAUGCUGCCGCCUUCAAUGUGUACACCCGCAACUUCCAGGAGUCAACCACUCCGCGCUCCCGUCCAAGCACCACCCCCAAGACCAUCUACCUGACCCAUCCUCCCACGACAACGCUGCGACCUCUGCGCCAGAGACGGAGCUACUCCAGACAUUGAUGACUGAUGGCUGAGAGUCUCUAUUGCCACUUGGCGGGGAAGGGGCCGGUCUCCGAACCACCAUGCGAAUCUGUGAAUUUUGAUCUAAACAAUUAUUUAAGCCACCAACAACAAAUAGAAGUGUUAAGAAAACGUAAGCUAAAGUGUGAAAAAUAACAAAAUAGACAGUCUUUGUUAGCCGA